AUGUUAAACAAGCAACUAUUCCAUUUGCUUCUCGUUUACAUCGCUACGGCCACCGCGUCAUCUAAAGCUGCUAAGGAUGCACCAGUCAGGUGCAACAUGGUGUAUAGUAUCCUCGAACCAUGUCUUGGUUACGUGUUAGGUGGUGGAUUAAUAAGCGUCCCAUCAGAAUGUUGCGGUGGGAUUAAAUAUCUCCUCAGCAUGGAACGUACCAGAGAUGACCGCCAAAGCGCUUGUAAAUGCUUAAAGAGCGCUGGUUCAAACACUAGCAAAGCUCAAGUCAACCGUGCUGCUACACUCCCUAGAAUUU